AUGAAGGCGCUUUGCGUUCUCUUCGCUGUUGCCUUCUUGGUUUUCCAGGUCCAGGCCAAUCCCAAACCACCAUCUGAGGAUGAAGUGGAAGUCAAGGAGGCUGAUGUGUCUCGUGCUUAUAAAGACGGUAAGUUGGGCUGAACAACAGCAUUCCACUUAGGUACCGCAGGCUGUGCAAGAAUCCUAGAACUGCAGUUGGAAGUGCAACCCUAGAUCAGCUCCUGUAGGGUGUGGUGGAAAAAGGAUUAUCUAGAAUUACAAACCCCUCAAACUGUUCCGCUUUAAGUGGAACAUCCCAGAAUUACAGAAGUCUUCCCAGCUUCUGAUCUGAGAUGUCCUGUUUGUGGCCCUGAAAGGCGUGCAUCCCAAUUUUCCUCUGGGGCAUGUUGAAGGGUAUGAUCCAGCUACUCGGGACUUUCCAGCUUCACAGGAAGGACACAAGAAAACUGUUUCAUUGCCCAGCUCUUACUCGGAUGAUGGCAUGCAUUCAGUCCCAACACCUACUGAGUUUGGUGGUACUGUGCAUUUUAGCACUGCAGCCUAGGAUUGUAGCAUGGACCUGUUCUUUCAAGGUCUGGGCUGGGAAGUCUUUAUUUAUAUUCCCUCAGGGGCAGCCUGUAAGGAGCUGUAUAGCAGUGGUGGGUGAGACUAUAGUCAAAUGAAGGCAGGACAGCCCUCCCUCUCUCUGCCAUCCUCUUCUUUCCUCUCCCUCUCUUUCCCGCCACUUUCUUCACUCUUUUUGACACCCCCCCCACCAAUUCCUGAAGGGGACAUGUGGUCAUUGUGAGAGCAGGAUGGUGGGCUAGAUGGGGCAUUGGCCUGAUCCAGCAGGCUUUUCUUAUGUUCUUAAUAUGCAAAACUGAAACACAACCAACAUUUGAAAUUCACCCUUCUCUGAAUUUUUAGAAGGCAGUUCUGCAGCCAAAUAACAUGUACAAAUGUGCAUCUAUUAGGUAAAAAUGUGCCUAAAAAUAACAUGAAAAUGCAUCCCAGUGUUGUUGACAGCAAUGUUUACAUUGGGCAAAGGUGCGUACAUUAUUUAAUUAAUAGUCGUACCUUUUUCAAAAUGAACAAAGGCAACUUAUAAAAAUACUGAAAUAUAUAAAGCAGAUAUAUGCAUAUAUAAAAUAUACAGAGUCUAAAACAAAAGAAUAAAGAACAGUCAAGCCCUGCAGUAAUGGAAAACCACAACCCAUAAAAAGUAACAAAACCAGCAUAAUAUACAAUUCAGCAAAAUGAGAAAUUAACAGUAAAAAACUGAGUUAUUUUUAGAAUGAUUAAAAAAGAAGAAGAGUUAGUAUGCAAAUGUGGGAAACUGAAUUUAAGAUGCAAGAAGUGAGACAUUGGGGGAAACCGAAAUUGCCAGAUUAUUCACCAGUUGUUUGUUUAGAAUGCAAUCCUAUGCAUAUCUAUUUGGAAGCGAGCCCUACUGAAGUCAAUGGGGCUUACUCUGAGGCUGCGUUGAAGUGGAUCCACCUGGCAUUCUAGUCCAACCCUGUGUUGGAUAGUCCAUACCUAGACCACCCCCACCAAAUGAUGCCAAGCCACUGCUUGAAAACUUCCAUCCUGUGAGGGAAAGCCCAUUAGCCCAUGGGUAGGCAAACUAAGGCCCAGGGGCCGGAUCUGGCACAAUCGCCUUCCAAAUCCGGGAAUCAGCAUGUUUUUACAUGAGUAGAAUGUGUCCUUUUAUUUAAAAUGCAUCUCUGGGUGCAUAGGAAUUCGUUCAUUAUUUCCCCCCCAAAAAUAUAGUCUGACCCCCUCCCCACAAGGUCUGAGGGACAGUGGACCGGCCCCCUGAUGAAAAAGUGUGCUGACCCCUGCAGUGAUUAGCCCUUUAGUUAUUUGGCUUCACUGUUGGGUGCUACAGUGCUGGCUGGUGCCCAUUGGAACUGAUAGGGUGGAAGGUAAGGAGGCCAACAGCCAAAGCCAAUGAGAAGCAGAACCAACCGAUUCUCAUUUUAUCCCCAUCCUUCCCUUUGUCAAGUUGUACAGGAGGAGGAAGCUGAAAUGGGCCCCAUUCAACCCAACGGACCAGCCAUCACUGAUCUACUCUCACCAUUAAGUUUUUCCUCCAACCGAAAUCUACCCUCCCAUAAAUGAGUGUUUUGCUCAUUUUUAUGUCCGACAAUAUUUUCAUGAAUGCUUCUUUUUUACAUUCAGACCCUGGGCUGAAGAAAGAACCAAAGGAUUCUUCAAGGAUUACGGUGGUCCUCUGUGCUUCAAUGAACAAGGGUUACUGCCUGCCAAAGGAUUUUCAGUGUGAUACAGGCAUGGUGUUCGUGGAUGAAGAAAAUAACUGUCCGUAUCCUGACAUUCUGAAGUGCUGUGUGCGCUGAUACAAGAUUUGGCGGAGUGUCGUGAAAACUUUUGGAAGAAGUUUCUAGAAUUAACCACUCCACUCCUUUCGAAUAAAUCACCUGUUUAUCAUUUCUACUCCUUUCAGCAAAUCAUUGGUUAAUUAACCUCCGCUCCCCUUCAAUAAAUGACCUAUUAAUUGCACACAAACCCUGCUCAAAUUGUUUUACCUUAAGUUUCUUUUUUGCAUACACGCAAGAACAUGGAAUCUGAAAUCCUCGUUCAUUACUUAGUUACAGUGGUACCUCUGGUUACGAACUUACCGUAAUUCGUUCCAGAGGUCUGUUCUUAAGCUGAAACCGUUCUUAACCUGAGGUACCACUUCAGCUAAUGGGGCCUCCCACUGCCGCUGCGCGAUUUCUGUUCCCAUCCUGGGGCAAAGUUCUUAACCCAAGGUACUACGGUAUUUCUGGGUUAGUGGAGUCUGUAACCUGAAGCAUCUGUAACCUGAGGUACCACUAUAUUUGUUAUAUUUCUAUUAUGCAUAGGUUGGGGCAGUUUUCCCAUGAAGGUUGGCUUCUAAUGACGCAACCCUUUGCAUGUUUACUCAAAGGAAAUCCCAUGACAUUUACUGGAGUUUAGUCCUAGAAAAGCGGAAAGGAAGGAGUGGAGCUCAGUGACGUCACAGGCACAUGACAAUGGCACUGAGCCCCUCCAGUGUUUGUCCCCAAACUCUGCCUCUGGAUUCAGUCAUAAACUGAGGGUUUUCCCAGGGGGAAAUGAUGCUGUGAAUGAGCCCCAAGCCAGCUUUCAAUCUUCUAAAACAGGUGCGCCAAAUAGGGAGGGGCUGGGGGUGCCAAGGACCCCCAAAUAUUUUCAGUGAAGAGGCGGCUCACCCUCAAAGUUUUGUGGUGGCUGUGUGGCAUUAGCUACAGGGCUGUGGGACACCCACAUGACACAUCAGCACACCCUGGCAGCGUGUGUGCAUGAUGUCAGCAUGCCCUGUGGUGCGGUGUGCAUGCAUGGCAUGCUGACGUUGCGUGACCCCAGCUCCCUCAAUUGCGGGGACAAGGCGGAGUGUGUGUCCCUAAGUGUGCACAGAAUGCAUAAAUGUCAGCCUGCAGACUGCAAAAGACGACCACUGCAAAAGUGACAGAGGAACCUCACAGCUGUAAACUUUGGGGGUUCUCAUUGUAAAAGACCACAGAGAUAAUUGACAACAGUAAUGCCCUUAAGGGAAGAAUUUAUUCCUAUACAGUGGUACUUCGGGUUAAGAACUUAAUUCAUUCUGGAGGUCCGUUCUUAACCUGAAACUGUUCUUAACCUGAAGCACCACUUUAGUUAGUGGGGCCUCCCGCUGCUGCCGCGCCGCCGGAGCACAAUUUCUGUUCUCAUCCUGAAGCAAAGUUCUUAACCUGAGGUACUAUUCUGGGUUAGCGGCGUCUGUAACCUGAAGCUUAUGUAACCUGAAGCGUAUGUAACCUGAGGUACAACUGUAUACAGGACUGCCACCAGGCUAUGUUCCACUGGCUUUGAAUUUGCACCCGUGACAAGGGUGCAAUAUAACAUCACAUAUGGCAUUUGAGAUCAUUUUAUUCUUCAUGGCUGAGUUAUCUUUGAAGUUGCCUCCAAAUAUAUUGGCCCUUUCAUCAGUAUUGCAGCACCUAUUUACCUUAACCUCCUUCCUAAUUACCCUCUGGCUUCCCAUCUGUCAACCUGUUUCCUCACCAUCACGUGGCUGACUCAUCCUGUUCCAAUUCUAUUGGUUGUCAUUCAGAUACUCAAAAAGAGCUGCCUUGUUUAUGCUAUGUCUUAUGCUUUUGCAGUUUAAACAUGCUUGUUCUUAAGAGAUGCCCUCGCCAACCUGACCGUCUUCCUCUGAACGCACUGCCAUUUAUCAAUGGGGCACCCAAAACAGGAUCCACUUUAUUACCAUCAUGAUUUGAAUGCAGCCUAAGAUGAGUCAAUUUUAGCAGGCAUCUGCUGGCUCAAAUCAGCUAAGACAACUAGAUAAUUUCACCUCCGUGCCAGAUUUAUGUAUAAGCUAAACGAGCUAUAACUUAGGGCUCCACUCUCUUGGGGGCCCCCCAAAAAAUAAAGAAAAAAAAUCUGGAUGUGAUGUACAUUUUCAAAAUAUAAGAUAAAAAACAAAUAAAAUAAAACCUACAUACGGCAACGGUGUUUUGUGUUGAGUAGGCUCCUAUGAUGUAAAUAAUGGGCCCCCAAUCAUUUUAAGUUAGAGCUUAAUAAUUAUUUCACUAUUAAUAUACUUCUUCUUAAUUGUAUUUCACUAUUAAUAUACAGUGGUACCUUGGGUUAAGAACUUAAUUCAUUCUGGAGGUCCGUUCUUAACCUGAAACUGUUCUUAACCUGAGGUACCACUUUAGCUAAUGGGUCCUCCCACUGCCGCCAUGCCACCACCACACGAUUUCUGUUCUCAUCCUGAAGCAAAGUUCUUAACCUGAGGCACUAUUUCUGGGUUAGCGGAGUCUGUAACCUGAAGCGUAUGUAAACUGAAGCGUCUGUAACCCAAGGUACCACUGUACUUCUUCUUAAUUGUAUUUCGGUUCAACAUUUACUUUGAUAAAAUACAUAUUUUGUUAUGUGCAAAUGGCUUUCGGUACCUAUUAGGUCCAUAAAUUACCACAUAGCAUAUAUUCAACACAAAAAACAGUGACACUUUGUUGUUGACAAAGGACAGCUGGACUUAUAAAGAGCCCCAUUACCUUCACUAGCUUAGGGCCUCAUCAAACCUAAAUCCGGCCCUGUUUCACCUAUACAGCUCCUAAGAUAUUCCACUCAUCCAACUAUGAAUUAUUAGGAAAUCCCCUCACCAAUCUGCUCCCCCUCUAGACAUACUUCUGUAUCUCAAUGUGUUGUCCAAAACUUGACACAGUAUCCAAGAUGUGUAGAAAAGUGUAGAACGAAUAUCAUUUUCUAUACUUUCCCCUCUUCUGCUGCCAAUCUGUGCCUUCCUUGUUCUAAAUGUGUGUGUCUUUCUUUUACAACUGAAGCAGUGAUGUAGAUUUAUAUCAGUUGAUUCUCAUUCUGUCAGUUUCAAUCAAAGGUCCCAGACUGUCAAGUUCAUACUGAAUCUUCAUACUGCCAUCAACGGUGUUAACUGUGCCUCCUGGUUUUGUGUCAUCUACCUAUUCAAGGAGCAACUCUUCCGUGUCCUAGUCUUAUUCAUGAAAAUUUUCAAUUAUACAGGGCUUAGGUCAGAGCCCUGUGGCACUCAAAACCUGUAUCCUGAAUACCACAGAGACAAUAAUUACCCAACUAAAUAAAGAGCAGAAUAAGGGUGGGGGAGGAGUUUUAUUUUGAUGCAUUUAAUGAGAAACUGCCUAAUUUGCAGUUUCAGACCAGUCCGCAUAGGAAAAACCAGCUAUACAUCAAAAUGCAGACUUUCAGAUCUUUCAAUCCAUUUUUUUCCCAACUCCGAAAAGGACACAAAGUGCAUAUAUUAAGCAGAAAGUACACAAGCCGCAAGAAUAACAUGCAAAAUGCAUCAUAGCAUAAAAAUUGUUUGAAGAAAAGGUCCUUUGUCAACCCUGCAUACAAAAAGAUGCUUAUUGGAAGAAAUGCUGUUGAAUUCUCCUGAGGGUUAUUUUCUUUUGAAAAAUAAAGUGAAAUUGCCAGGAAAAAAAUUAUAACUGAAUUUAAGAUUGGAAACCUGAGAAACUGAGAGAAACCCACAUUGCAUUGGAAGUUCAUUCCUAUAGCAGAAUAAAAAAAUUAUUACAAGAUUUUGGGAAAUGGUGGUAAAUGAACUUUGAAAAUCAUGAAAUAAAAAAAAUAUAUAUCUAGAGAGUCUCCCAAAAGGGCGUUGAACAAUACCACAAAUGCCAAGUUUUCCCCCACACUCAGAGCCCAGGACCAUCAAAAUAAAUAUUGCUUAGUAGAUUAUGGCGAGGAUGUGUCAGCUGCCUGAUGGGGAGAUGAGGAGACAAGCAUAUGGGGAGCAAAGGGGUUAUUAGUAACAGCAACAAGCUAAAUACAAUUAUUUCAACGCCAAAGAAAAGGCCUGCGGACUGCGGGCAACAUCAAAGAGAAUCUUGUCAUUAAGAAUCAAGUAAUCUCAGAUGUGGCCUUAUCUUGCUCCCUUCCCUAAAGUGCUACUUCAAAGUCAAUGAAAUGCAGCCCAUUAGGGCAGCCUUCUUGGCUUCCAACCUGUAUAUAUAGACAUGAACUCUGUCAAGGCAUCACCAUUGCCAGUCCAUCCUUGGGAUUCCUUGCAGUAGCACCAACAAAUUUUCUAAGAGCCAUGAAGUUUGUCUGUCUUUUCUUUGCAUUGGUCUUCCUUUGCAGUGCCCAGGCUGAUGAAGCAGAUCUGGCCAAAAUGGAGAAGCAAGAGGGAGAGGACUUGAAAGACCUCCUCCCGGGGGAAGACCCUGCUGGUGACGAUCAAGGUUUGCAGGAUGAAGGUAAUUGUUAUGUACAUGGAAGAUGAUCUCCUACACCUUCCAUGGUGGACAGGUUCUGGAUUUCACUGGGGUGCAGGGAUUCACUUUUCCACUGAAAUCUCUUAAAAUGCUUCUCUUUGGCUGGAACAUGCCCUGAUUAUGGCUAUGCAUGCUCUUGUCAGCAUCACCAUUCCUGAUAGAGAUAUGCUGGCUCCGUGGUGGACAAUUGUCUCUACAUACUCUUAGAUAGUCUUUGCAUUGCGUCAAGUCACCGAUAUUCUAGAUGAAUGGUUGAGUGAGAAAUGUACUUCAUAGUAGCCAAGAAGUUGCAGAACCUCAAGCGUGAGAAUUUCUAGGAUGACAUGUUGGGGUUGGUAAUGCCCACACUGUAGGUUUUCCACUAGACAUCAGAGGCAUGUAUUAGGGUAAAGUGUGCCUUUAUGUGGAUGAGGAUUUGGAGAAUGAGGAUUAUGAGCAUGAUCAUAUUGUUGUUGUUGUUAAUCACAUAAAUGCAUUCUGUUGUGUAAAAUCAUUUACAGCAGUGUUUACAUUAGGCAAAACUGCAUGCAAAAUCCCAAAACCUAUUUAAUCAUAACCCACGGUGACUUACAAAAAUACAGAAAUAUUUAAGACUAAUAUGAAAUAUAUGCAUCAUACAGAGUCUAUAACCAGAGAGCCGACAACAGUGAAGCCAUAUAAUAAUGAAAACAGUAAAUCCAUAAAAGGUAACAGGCAAUUAGCAAUAAAUCAAUAAAGGUGGAGAAGCAUUAAAACAGCUCAUCACGUGCUAUCAGAUGUCUGAGAACAAAGGAAAGUUGCAAACAGAUACAAAAACGAGUAACUAGGAGUAAAACGCUGAGGAUUCUUCAGAAGGAAUAUCCCCCUCCUCCUCUCUCUGUUGAGUUCUGCAGGGAUUGCAGGAGGAUAAAGCCGACAGGUAGUUAUGAGUGAGAGGGCAGGUAGGUGGGGGCUGCCUGGAGGAAACCUCAAGUUGGUAGGGGAGUGCCCCAUUCACCCCAAUGGACCAGCCAUCACUAAACUGCUCUCAUCAUCAAGAUGCUCCUCCUACUGUUCAGCUGAAAUCGGCCCUGAUCUUAAGCCCAUGGGGUGUUUGGUCAUUUCUGUGUCUCACAGCCCUUCAAGUAUUUUGAAGAAUGUUUCCCUCCUCUUUUAUAUGCAGACUCUGGGCCAAAGGCUUCUACACGACUUGCGGUCGUCGGCUGCUUUGGCAACAAAGGAUAUUGCCUGCCACGGGGCUACCGGUGCCAUAAUGGUUUGAAGUGGGAGGAGAAAUGGAACAACUGUCCAUAUCGCAAUGUUCUGCUGUGCUGUGUACGCUGA